CGCUCUGCUCUCUUCCGAUGACGUGUAAUUGUGUCGCCGGCGGUGAGGUAGCAGGUCGUCGGAGGUUGUUUUGGAGGACAGCAGCUAUGAUCGUCAGGGCGUCGCUGCUGGCUGUCCGGUCGGCAGCGAGUGUUCUUCAUGUGGCGAACUCUGUGCAGAAGGCAGGUGUGCACAGCAGCUCGGUGAAAAGCUUACAGUAUGGCUGGUUGGCAUACAUACUAGGUGAGAGGACGACGCCACGGUUAAAACGCUUCAGCAAAAUAUUCUCUGUGGAUGGCAAUCUGGCCUCAGGAAAAGGAACUGUGGCCCAGAAGCUGUCAGACAAAAUGGGGAUGCUGUACAUGCCUGAGGCUGACUCUUGCUACUUGGAUACAAUGACCAAAGAGAAAGAGCCCCUCCCAGUGGAUUUUAAUGGAAUGUGCAGCCUGGAGAAGUUCUACGCUGAUCCAAAUGCUGCUGACGGGAACAGUUACCGGCUGCAGCUGUGGAUGUACUCAAUGAGGCUGCUGCAGUAUGCCAAUGCUGUUGAACACUUGCUGACGACAGGACAAGGAGUAAUUCUGGAACGUUCCCCAUUCAGUGACUAUGUGUUUUUGGACGCCAUGUUGAAACAAGGCUACAUCAGGAAGGAAUGUGUGGCCCACUACAAUGAGAUCAAAGGCAUCAGUAUUUGUGAGUUCUUGCCUCCUCACCUCGUCAUCUAUGUGGAUCAGCCAGCUGAGGAUGUGCACAAGACUCUUAAAGAGAGUGGAAAACCUUUUCUUCAGAAUGAUGCUCUGCAGUACCUGAAGAAUAUUGAGGAUUCCUACAAGAAGUCUUUUCUUCCUCAGAUCAGCGAAACUUCAGAAGUGCUCACGUAUGGGGCAAGCCAAGCCCAAGAUGUUGAAAGGGUGGCAGAAGACAUUGAGUAUUUAAAGUUUGAUAAGGGACCAUGGCUGGACCAGGAUGACGUCACCUACCACCAUAUGAGGAUGCUGGUUCAAGACAAACACUCAGUGGCAUGUCUGACCUGCAUACCAAAGUUCCUCCCAGAAAUAACUGUUGGGGCUCACGAAUUUGAUGAGAAAUACUUUUCCUACAAAUCGCUCCCUGGCAAGAAGUAUGCGGAAGGAUAUAACGCCGAUAUCGGAGACAAAAACAUCUGGCUGAAGUGAUGGACAUCUCCACACCUUGAUUCAUCCUGUCAUCCUCUGUUCUACAUCCUAAAUAUGUAUUAAAAUUAGUGGUUUAAAGAUCAAACAUACCUUCACCUGUC